UUAAUGAUACCUGUACGUUGUGAGGGUUCAUGUGAGAUCUGGUUGUCAAAUCUCUUACAUUCUAUUCGCAACACAUUACAAAAGCUAUUAGAAAGUAUGCAUCAUUCAAUUGUUAUGAUUAAUGAUGACAAUUUUAUGGAGAUACUUAUCAACAAUCCAACACAACUCGGUAUUCUUUGCUUACAGUCAUUGUGGACAAAAGACAUCAGUGAAAUGUUGGGUUCAAGCAAUAAGAUUUCACUAGUUAAUAUUUAUAGUAGCAUGGUGUAUGAUAAAUAUGACUGUGGUUCAGUUAGAAAAUAUUUCCUAAAGGUUUAUCAUACACUUCUAAACCACACAAAGAUGGUUAGAAAGACCAAUCUGCAACAGGCGAAAUGUGAAAAUCUAACAACACAGUGCCUAAUCCUGAAGGAAAUCUUAGAUCAACUUGUAAGUUCAUUCCUCAGAUGA